AUGGCCACUGCCGAUCCUGAUACUGUCGCCGCGUUUGGGGCGGAGAUGCGGCAAAAGCAUUUUGCGUUCGCUGAGGGGUACCAACCCCUCAACCACGGCUCUUUUGGAACGUUCCCUAAGUCGGUUCUCGAGUACCAGCGACAACUGCAAUUCGAAAGUGAAGCCAAACCGGACACCUGGAUUCGGUAUACCUACCUUGAUCUGCUGAGAGCAAGCCGUUCUGCGAUUGCCCCUCUACUCGGCGCAGAAGCGGGCGAAGUUGUUCUAGUUCCAAACGCCACCACUGGCGUGAAUACCAUCCUGCGAAAUCUUAUCUUCCAGGAGGGCGAUGUAGUUCUGACCUUCAACACCAUUUAUGGAGCAUGCAACAAGACAAUCGAAUCGCUCUCUGAAUUUUGUCCUGUCUCAUCGCGUCAAAUCGACAUCACCUACCCGUUAACAGAUGACGAUAUUGUGGCCGAAUUUCACUCUGCACUUCAGCAUGUCAAAGCGAGUGGGAAAGCCCCCAAACUUGCCAUGUUCGACGCCGUUCUCACGUUUCCCGGAGCAAGGUUCCCGUGGGAGAGACUUGUCGCGGUUUGCAGAGAACAAGGCGUCUUGAGCUUCAUGGAUGCUGCGCACGGGAUUGGGCAUGUUGAGCUUUCACAUCUCGGCAGUGUAGGCCCUGAUUUUAUGAUCAGCAACUGCUACAAGUGGCUCAUGGUUCCUCGCGGCUGUGCCGUAUUGUAUGUGCCAUUUCGCAACCAGCAUCUAAUAUCCUCUACCGUGCCAACCUCGUGGGGCUACCUCCCUAAGGCAGAGCGCACAGCCAUGUCUGCUCGAGAUUACUUCAAUAAGCUUUUCGAAAAAGUAUCAACAAUUGACAAUACGCCAUACUGUUGUAUCCCAAAGGCUCUAGAGUUCCGGUCCAAGGUCUGUGGCGGAGAGGCAAAGAUACGUGACUACUGCUUCGGUCUUGCGCGGCAGGGUGCAGCACGUAUGGCAACAAUUCUCGGCACUGAAGCUUUGGAAGACGACUCGCGCUGUUGCUUCGCCACCGUCCGAUUGCCACUGACACUGGCGGAGCUUGGGGCCGACGGUGACGGUCCAGCAGUGGCGAAGUGGAUGCAAGAACUGACCCCGUCAGAAUAUGAAACAUAUAUUCCUAUUAAGUUCUACGCCGGUGAAUUCUGGUGCAGAAUCUCGGCACAAAUAUAUCUAGAGAUUGGCGAUUUUGAGUGGGCGGCGGCGACGGUGAUGAAGAUUUGUGACCGCGCAAAGUCACGGGAGUGGAAAGGUCAAUUGCCUGCAGUGAGAUGA